CAACAAAAAAGUCUUGUGUUAUAAGUUCCUCCUCCACUAUGCCUCUCCUGUUUUCUCAUGCCAUGAAGCGGUUAAUGUUAUGCCAUUCUUCGAUACCUGCAACCAACACCUUGCAUCUCUGCAACACAAGUUAAACCAAACUAAAGCAGACAUUCAUGUGGACAUCACUCGAGGUGUUGUUGCAGCUGUGAAUACCUCUUCCUUUAUGUACAGCACAGCACAGGGCAGUGACAGUGAACUAUUAGUUGAUGUAAACAAGAGUAAAAAUGCAUCAGUUUACCAUAUCACACCUGAUAAGAUCAGUGUUUUAAAUAUCCUGUUUCCAUUCACUCGUGAUCAAGAUGACAUUGUUGAUGCCUCCAUGGAAGAAGUUGCAGCCUUGUGUGAUGUGAUGGCUGCAUAUUCAACAGUGUGUAGUGAGCAAGAUAUUAAUUUUGCACUGCCGCAACUUUGUGGUGGGGAGAGUCUUCUGACCUAUCAGGAGCCACUGUCACCAGUACAACAGCUUGAUUUAUUAAUGCUGGUGAACGAGGAUAAAUGUGAUAGUUUUAUAUACCAACAUCUGAUUCGUCCCCUACCCUCAGUUCUGGAGAGAAUUGCCCAUGGAAAGAACUUAAGUGACAUAUAUAUUGGUGUCCUGGGAUAUGGUUCAGGAAGUGGUGAUGUGAUGUACCACACAUUUGGAGCAUCAUUCCUAACAUCGGUCUCACAGUUCAGAAUCACACAGCCAUGGAACAAUGAGCGUGCUCAGGGUUCUCUCCUACAAGGAUUAAGAGCAGUGAGCACCUUUCCCUUUCGACCAGGAUCAGUCCGGAUUGCUUUUGUUGUGAGCUGUGAUAAUCAGGACCUUCCAAAGUUUACUGAGACCCUGCCAAGGGAGAUGGUGCAACGUCGGCUUUCACUCUUUACUCUCACCCCUGAACUGCUUUUGUUCAGUCCAGGUCGACCCAAGGCUGUAAGGAACACUGUUGGUAUGGAUAGGUGGCGUGUGUACAACCUGAGACUCGACAGCCAAGAAACCCAUGAUUUACGAGUAAGGCGUCCAGACUCAAAUAUUGCCCAACUUGCUCUUAAGAGUGGAGGAGGAGUAUUUUCCAUCACAGCACUUCGAGAAGAUGACAGAGCAGCAUACUACAUGAAGUUGUUCAGAAGAGUCCUCAGUAGAGCCUUUGUCAAAGUUGUUAGUAAUGCAUAUAAACAGCAGAGAGCCUCUUCAGUUAAUUAAAUAUUUAAAUUUAUCAGUUCUUUGCACAAAUUGCUUUUCAUAGUAUAUAUUAAUAAUACAGUAUUUUUACAUAUAUCUGACUCCUAAUGAUUGUUAUUGUAUGAGGAAUGCAUUUAAAUCUAAAUGAACAGAUUAGUUGCAAGUCGAGUUUAAGGCUUUAAUGAACAAGGAUACGUCUAAGAAAUUUUAUCCGAGCUCGAGAGACUUGCCUGUAUUGUUCAUUAUGGUACAGUACUGGAUUUUGAGAUAUCAUUAACCUUUGACAGACAAAAGUUUUUCUCUUGCAGGCAGAUUUUGCUUUCCUUUUUUUUUUUUUUUUUAAUGUCCAUUACAGUACAUCUUCAAUCUGCAUGACCCUUGUCGGUUUAGUGCUUUCUUUGAUUAUAUAAUAUCUCCAGUAAGUCAUUAAACCGAAUUUGGGUAUACAUUCCCUGUGUUCACAUAAAUCCAACAAACAGAAAUCUCAAGUGCUACUUUUAUGUCUAUUUUUUUUAUUCCUGUUUUUAUUUGGCUAUUUGUGAUAUUUAUUGGGUAAUGCAAAAGCAAUGUGGAUUUUCUUUGCAAUUUUGACCAUUUGGUUUUCUUCUUCCUCUGACUAACAUUCCAGAAUUCCAAAGAAGCUCUGGUCCCAGUCAUUUCUGAUAACUGAAGCCAAAUAUUUUAAAAUAUAUUACUAAAUAUAGUCAUGCCAUAACUGAAAUAGCCUUGUCUUACUAUGGUUUCUUUAUUUUUUAUAUGUCCUACAUAUAAAAAAUAGAAGGACAGUGUGUUCAAAGUUUUCUAUAUAUUUAAACUGUGUUUAAAAUUGAUUACACACAAUACUCCAACAGAUAAAUAUACUUUUCAAAAGAUGUUUGUGACUGAGCAUGAGUGCCAACACUACCCUGUUUCCCAUUGCUAUAUUAUUAUUAUAAUCAAAAAGAAGCGCUAAGCCACAAGGACUAUACAGCGCUGCAGGGCAGGAAGGAAGCGAGGGCAUCAGGUGGCAAAAGGGAGAUGGAUGAGUAAUAGGUUACGGAUAACAGCGGGGUAGUGGAUGGUGAAAGGGUAAAGGGCAGCAAGAGACUGAACUAGAAAGGGCUGAGGGGAGUGCGAAAAGUAUCAUCAGAGUUUGUGGAGUAAAUCAGUCGUUCCCAUUGCUAUAGUUUACAUAGAUUUUCCUCGAGGGAAUCCAAGACGAAUAAGGGACAAACAACAAAGCCACAGUAAAUUAAAGAUGUUUACCACAGGUUUGGUGUUUCUGUUCCUUAUUCAUCUGUAUAUUGUAAUGUGUUUAUUUUAUGGCUUCUAUAAAGUUUGAACAUGACAAGCAUCUGGCAUACUGUCAGUCAAGCAUGUGCCGGUGAUCAUAAUACAUGUAUUGUACUGUACAUUACUGUAAAUGAAAUAUACAAAUUUAAUGUUUUUAAAAUAAUUCUGAAGCAUUGA